UAUUCAAUCGCUGGAUCAACCCACAGAUCGAUAGUCCACAGUAGUUUCCAAAGCAUUACAUACGUUUUUACUUAGGUAAUAAAUACUUACAUAACUGCACUAUAAGAGACUCAAGAAACAGAUUUUCACCAUACCCAUAGCAUACUCUCCCAUCUUGCUGCCUCAUUCCCUCUCAUGCCCCUCCUGAAUGCUCCAAUGGAGACCAAUAAGAGCAACUGCAGCGCUAUUUCUCUUCCUACCGGCUUCUCUAAUAUUAAUCUGAAGCAUGAAAUCCUAGAUGAUGACUUUGUCAUGGAUAAUAAUAUCUCACCAUCAAAAGGUUAUCUUCAAGAUUUCCAAGACCUCGGACAGCUUCUGGUGACAGCUUCAUUCUGUAAUUGGGAUACUGGGAUACACGCCAAUGGCUUCGAUCCAUUUGCUUCCCUUCCCCAUGGCUCUGUUACAGAUUUUGGUUUAUACAAGUUUAAGCCUUACGAGGAAAAUGGCGGCAUGCAUUCAGCCAUUCAGGACUUCCAGGCUGGUGGAUUCUUGAACUUUGCAGACAGGAAAGGUUUGUCAAUUGUAACUAAAACAGCUUCUGCACACGAUUCAAAGCCAUUAUGCUUUGCGGUUCCUGAUGAGAGCUCUUGUGUGACUGGUAAUAAUUCUGGUCACCAUAACAAAGAUGGCAGUAAAAGAAACAAUAAUACAGUUCACGCUAGUAAUAGCAACGUCAGUGAAUCUUUGUCUACCAAAAAGUCUGUUAGGGCCCCAAAGAAGUCCAAAUCAGCCAAGGGGCAGUGGACUGCUGAAGAGGACAGGCUCUUGAUCCAUCUGGUUGGGAAAUAUGGUGUGAGAAAAUGGUCUAAUAUUGCCCAAAUGCUAAAAGGCAGGAUAGGCAAGCAGUGCAGAGAGAGAUGGCAUAACCAUCUGAGGCCUGAUAUUAAAAAGGAUGUAUGGACUCUGGAGGAAGACAGAAUACUGAUUGAGGUUCAUUCUCAAGUGGGGAACAAAUGGGCUGAAAUAGCGAAAAGUCUCCCCGGAAGGACUGAGAACACCAUCAAGAACCAUUGGAACGCGACAAAGAGGAGGCAAUUCACCAGACGAAAAUGCAGGACCAAAUGGCCGAGGCCUAGUUCCCUCCUCCAGAACUACAUCAAGAGUCUCAACUUUGAGAAAGAGAGCAGCAGCAAGAGAUCCAAAAAGAAUCAACCACCGGCCACUACUGAUCAUGGAAUCCUCAGCAACAGUUCAAUCACCACAGCUCAGGAGACGAACAUCGAGUUCAGCCUAGAUGAUCACAUGGUGCAGGAAUACGAGUUUGAUGAGAUCCAAGCUCUCACAUUUGAUGAUGAUAGCCUUUUCACUGGGAGCAGCAUCAACAUGUUGAUGGAUGAUGCCAUUCCGUAUGAAAUUGACGACGGACAAUGUUAUGGUGCUGGGCUUCCACUUGUCAUCCCUCCAUUGAUGCAGUGUGGAGUGAAGAAAGAGCUUGAUUUCCAUGGGAAUGUCUGAAAUAAGAAAUUUAAAAUGAGGAGGGUGAUAAUAAAUCUUUAUUAUGUUGUCUAUUUAUUUAGUUUUACUAUAGGGAUACUUGU